UGAAUUGUUCAAAAAUGUUACAAAGGUAGUGGUUUACACAAAUGAAGCAUGAUUUGAUGACAGUUAAUGAUUUCCUAAAAAUGUUAGAAGUGACAUUUUGCACAGAAAUGUAACUGGUGUGAUUUUGAACAAAAUGCUGCAAAUAUGCUGAUUCAUACAAAACUGCCAAGAAAGAUAUUUACAAAAGUUUCAGAGAUGGGAUACCUCUGACUUUUAAAUAUUGGAACAGAUUUCCAUAUGUGUGUGUGUGUGUGUGUGUGUGUGUGUGUGUGUGUGUGUGUGUGUGUGUGUGUGUGUGUGUGUGUGUGUGUGUUUCCUACCGUCAUUGUUGUGGAAAUCGUUGUUAAUAAUUAUUGUAAGGAAUAAUUAACAUAAAUGUGAUCAGACAGUCUUUUUACAUAUUAUUUUCAUUAUUAUUAUUAUUGUUUAAAGAUGAUGGCACAAGUUUGCUAUUGAGGAAGUUUGUAUCAAACAAGGUGCCCUUCGUACUACUCAGUACCCUUAACUUGAAGUUGCUCUCAGGUUAAAAAAGGUUGGUGACCCCUGUCCUAGACAAUCAUACACUGAGCAGGUGUAUUGGUGAAAGUGCAGAGAAUAAACUGAAGCAGAACCAGGCUCAGGGAGGGCAGCCGUCUGCCUCGACCAGUUAGGGUGAGGGGUAAAAGGGCAGAGAGAAACAGACAACAAAGAACAGCACAUAAAUACUGGACAGAUUGGUGGGACUAAUAGCUGCAUAUCAGACCUGUACCGCUCCAGAGGCAGAACUACCUGCAGAGGACGAAGCACAAACUACAGAAAAGAGACGACACAAAGUUAAUUAAAGGUUAUAGUGCGUAUAAACGCAUGGAGGAAGUGACAAGACUCACAGACUAUUUGAGUGUAAACGCACAUGAAGACAACCAUAUGAACAAGAUAACUGAGGUAAAUAUAUUGGUAUAUAAAAAAAAUGAAAAAGCAGUGAAUGGUGCACUGGAGGCUUUAAGUUGCAUUUCUGAGCACUGUUAUCUUCUAAACUUCUUAUGGAUCCUGCUUGUACGUACACAUAUUAAAUUCAGAUUUAAUGAAAAAACUCCAACAUCAACAUUUUUACUUUCACCUCAUCAAAACUGUAAAUAGCUGAUUAGAGACCUUUACUUAACCUGCUGUCAAGCUACUCCGCUGCAAAUCCACCAAAUGUGAUGCACCUAAUGAAACACAAAAAACGCUACAUCUAAUAAAUAUUAAAGCCAAUUAUUUUGCGUGUGAAACAACAAGAUAAAAACAUGACAGAGAGAGAGAGACAAUUGCAUUACAGGUGGAAAAGAAAGGAUGAAAACAUUUUCCAACUCAUGUGGGAGUUGUAAAAUGUGAAAUGGAAAAUUUCCCUAAGCAUUAUCUCAAAAAUUUGAAACCUCCUCUUCUUUAGCAAAGCACGAAGGACAGUUUACUCAUCAUCAACAUUUUUCUUAUAUUAAAUAUGUUACUAGGAACUGAAAAAUAUAUAGUUUGAUCUCCAGUUUGUUAGACAAUGUGUUAAAAUCUACACUGAGGCAAGUAAACAAUACAUUUUCCUUCCUACUCAAGUAACAGUACAAAGUACAGUGGUUUAAAAGUACUCCAGCAAAUAGAAUCUAUGCAAAAUGUUAUUUGAAUACAUGUAACAGAGUCUCAUUCAUCGUUUGUUAGUCCACUGGUUCACCAUCAUGAAUAUGAUUAAGCUGCCACUACAAAUUCAUUUCUCACUAUUUUUGGUUUAGUUCUUCUCUGAGAACAGGAAGUUUAGUCUGAGAUAAAAACCUACCGAACAUCAGCUUCUACAGCAGUCGGUUAGUUUCUCUCUCUGACAACAUGUGCACUGGGAAAUGUUCCCAUUGCAUCGCCGUUACUCUGUAUCCUUUAGUGCUUCUAUCCAUCAUCUGUAACAUUAUCUUGUUCUUUCCUGGCUGGGAUGUGAAGUACGUCAAAGAGGGACAUAUUACAGAGGAGGUGAAGUACAUGGGGGGUCUGGUCGGAGGAGGAAUAAUGGUGCUGAUCCCAGCUCUGUACAUUCACCUGACUGGAGAAGAAGACGGCUGCUGUGGAAAUCGCUUCGGGAUGCUCUUCUCCAUUGUGUUCGCUGCAGUGGGUGUGGCUGGAGCCCUGUACAGCUUCACUGUGGCUGUGACGGGCCUGACCAACGGGCCCCUCUGCUUCGACGGUACAGAAUGGACUCGACCUUUUCUGAACAGCACUUCCCCCUACAUGAACGACUACAAGUCGUGGGCAGACUGCCGAGAGCCAAAGAACGUGGUGCAGUUCAACAUAGGGCUGUUCGUCACUCUGCUGGCAGCCAGCGGUGUGCAGGGGUUGCUCUGCGCCAUUCAGAUGAUCAACGGCCUCUUCGGAUGCCUCUGUGGAACCUGCUUCAGCAAACAGCAACCAUAAGUUCCUGAUCAGGAGGUGUUUGAUCAUUUGCAUUCAUGGCACAUCUGAAGAUGCUUCUCUCUGCUGGAAGUCUGAGAGAAUUGUUCCUGCCUAUAUUUGCAUAAAACACUUCAUGCGCAUUUCCAGAUGCUUCAAGCUGUCACAAUGCAUUAGGGUAUUCUGUGAAAGGAGUACAUGCUUUAAAAACAAGAUUACUCCUUUUAAUUUUACGGAUUUUUUAUUUUUGCAUAUUUUUGAAAUACAAUAUUAAGAAAAUUACAGAAAUAGAAUGCUAGUUUAUUUGUUUAAUGAGAAAUAACAUUAAAAGCCUGCAACUGUGAACACCAGAAAAAUAAAAGCCCUCAAAGAGCGCAGUACUCCUCCAAGGCUGCUCAGUGGUUGCAUCAUUUCUGACGGGUAAGUCCUGGUAAGUCUGCAGCAGUCGAUUUGUCAUAGGAUCGCAAUCGUGAUCAUCAGCAGGCAGGUGACAUUGUGUUCACUUGUAGUCAUAGUUACAGUGACGCCAUGCCGCUAUCUCACAAUGAUACACAGAUCUUUAACAAAUCAUGGAUCCAAACUUAUAAGCUGCACCUCUGCCAAUUUGAAUCAGUUCGUCCUUGUGUCAUUUCCGAUCCUUCCCUGUAAAUUUCAUCCAAAUCUGUUUUUGAGUAAUGUUGCGCACAGACAGACAGACAGACAGACAAGCAUAUGCCAAUCAUCACAUAACUCUGCCGUGUUCCUUGGCAGAGUAAGAAUAAAAUAAAUAAAUGCUGCUUUAAAAAACAAAGAAAAAAACACUGUUAAAAUAAAUUUGCCAAAUUGUUGUAACCCCCAAACACUGACUUUUUGUGGAAAAGACAGAAUUUUAGGGAGUAAAAAAAUAUUUUGAAAAAAUCUUCUAUUGAACAUUAAAAAGCCCUGAAGUAAUGCACAUGAAAAUGUAAGUCCUGCAAAAUCCAGGCUAGAAUUUUUUUAUUACAGAGAAUGACAGUAUUUUAAUUAAAUGAUUAUUUAGCAUUAUUUCCCUUAUUAUUUUGCACCACAACCAGAAUCUUAUAAUUUUUAUUACCAGUUUAUUUUUUUAGAUCACAGUAAUAAGAAUCAUUUCUAACUAAACAGUCAAUUUGAAAUAAACUAAUUUCAAAAAUAAGCUGCUGAUCCACUGCUAUUGAUCUGUGUUUUGUUAACACAAUACUACUGUAUGCCAUUUUCAUGCAGUAACAUCUGAAAUAAAAGCAAAUGAGAAUAUA